AAUCAGAACGCGGCGGAGCGGCGCUAGAAGCAACCUCGCACGUCACCGGCAGCGAGCAACGACGACCUGGCACUUCUCCUCGGCCCGCACGCAUGCUGCUCUACCACAUGCAUAUAUACCACCUGCCUCAGAGGCUCAGAUGGACGCCAAGCGAGAGGCCAAGCUGCGGUUUCGAUCGCAGCCCUACCUGUUGAUAAUUCAGAAGCGUCGAUGUCAGUAGGCAAGAAGCCGUCGCCGUCGACGUCGCGGCACGACGCGGAGGAGGCCGUCCAAGAAGUAGAGAGAGGAGACAACAGCGGCGGGGACGUCGCCGUGAUGCAGCGGACCGAGAGCAGCAGCAGAAGCGGCGGGAAGAAGGCGGCCGAUCAGCGGCGGUACAGCCGGUGCUUCUCGGGGCUGGAGAUCAGCAUCGGUCCGGGCCCGCUCAAGGACGUCGACGCCGGGAAGCUCAAAGGCCAGAUCAGGAAGUGGGCCAGGGCCGUCGUGGGCUACGCGCGCCAGCUCAGCUUCGGCUCGCCGAGGUCCUCCCCUCGCAAGUCCGGGGACGGCGCCACGCCGAAGUCGGCGGCCGUCCGGUCCAAGUCUGGCCUCGGCGGUGCCAGGGGCGGCCCUCCCUCGGCCGAGCUGCCACCGUGAAAGCUUUGGUAGCUUACAAGAGUACUCCUUGACCGGUCGGUUGCGUGUGACCAUGUAGAGUUAUGCAGCUUCUUCCUUUCUUCCUCCUAUCUUAUAACAGUAAAAAUUUAUUUGAUUUGUUUUCCCAUGCUUGGCUUGAUUAUCUCUUUCGGUUGAGUAA